AUGGAAUUUCACGAACCACCGUCACUUCCUCUCGCACAUCAACAGAUUCGUCUGGGUGAUAUUCAAGCAUCGGCACAUAAAUGGGCAGUUGCUAUGGAAUACUAUGCGGCCGCGAUAGAAUGUUUCAAAGCAAUUCAGAACAGUUUGUCAGACGAGAAUCUUCGAUUCACAAUUCAAGCUCAGAUUACUCAAUGUAACAAAACAAUUCAAGUCUGCCGAUUAAAAGAUCGAUCAGAACAGGCAAUCAAACUUCAACAAGCGGAGCGUCUAUCAAAACUCACGCGAGCACAUUCGACAUCGAAUUUAAAUCCAUCGACGAGAUCUAAUCGACCAAUGACGAGACACAACACCAUUCAGUUAGAGAAACAUGACGUUUUAAGUGGUAUGGACUCGUUUGCAGCGUUUAUCUUUCCCAAACAAACUUCUACGACCGAUUCAGCACCGAAAAUUGCGAAGAAAAACGAAAAGCAUGAUGCACAUAAAAUCGAAGAGCUGCAAAUGAGUUACGAAGCAUUGAAAACUCAUUUGAAAGCUGCAUUUGACGAUAUCGAACGGCUCAAACAUGAGAACAAUCAACUGCGUAUACAACGCGAAACUAGUACAAUUCAAGAACAAAACGAAAUGACACUCUCAACGAAUAGCGAUGACGAUAAUGGUACCGAAACGGAGUUAGAAGCGACUUUGUAA